AUUGGAAUUGAUGGCUUCAAGACUGUGAAUGCUGGAUGGCUGACACUCACAGCUCCUCCCAGGACUGGUCUUGGAUCGGUCACUCGUCAUAAGGUCAUGGUCAAACGUCCAUUCAAAAAAGUAUUUUCAACUACUGUGAAGGCUGGACCAUAUAAAGUUGGUCGAUAUUCGCUCAUUGACGAGCUAUGGAAGCUAUUUAGAGAGGCCAAUGUCUUAUACUGGUCUAAAUCCUUACUAAAGCUCACAUACAACUUUAUCGAUUGUUCCAUCGCAUCCUCACCUGAAUCCCCACCAUUCAUGGUCCCACGUGUUCGAUUUGUAGAAGCCAGCCUUGCAUUAGCGAAGACAGGGUCAACACGGGCUGUCUUUCUCCUCGAAGAGCUCAUUGAGGGUGAUGAUGAUGUGUUUGUCAAAUUCAUCCACAAUAUGGAUGCCAAUCCAUUGCUUGAUGAAUUGGACUAUGGCUAUGACAUAGCAGAGUUUUUUGUUUUCAUGCAGCAUGUCCAGUACAUCAAGACCGGCAAGCUAGCUUUCAUAUCCGACUAUCAGGGUAUGUCUGAUUCUAUACAUUCAAUAGUGCUGCAGCUGGAAUGA